AUGAACAGACCGCCUAUGAAAGUGAAAAUUAACAGCUGCAGUGUAGAUGAGGUGGACAGCGUGGAUCCUGGCCUCCUGUGGAAAAUUGCUGAGUUAGAGAAGAAGAGGAAAACAAGAAAUCCCAGGAAGAAUAAAUUGCUUGUGGAUGUUCCUGAGUUCAAAAAGUUCCUUGAUACAGCAACCAUGCCAAUGAUACUCACUGUUGUGGGGACUGCUCUCUUUGCUAAGCUCCUCAUGAUGUAUGAUGACUCCACAGAACAGGAAAGGAUUGAGCGAAAGAUAAAGGAGACCCCUGGCCUGGGCAGUGUAAGGAUGCUCACUCGUGAAGAGUGGGAUGCAAUUCAAGAAGUGAGACCAAGGACACCAUUUGAAUCUAAGAUAGCACGCCCCAAUGCAAAAAUACGAACUGGGGAGCCACUCAUAGGUGUAACCAGGGAGAUGUUUGAAGCUGCUUGGAGAACAGAUAGCGGGACUAAACCUGAUACUCUCGAUUCUGCUAGUGCAAUUUCUCAAGAAGAUGUCAAGGAUUGGACAGUGGAUGUGUUUGCAGAUGCAUUGACACGGGCUGAAGAGACUGCCAAACAUGGAUCUAACUAA